AUGGUCGCCAUGACUAUGGAAAACCUGCAGGCACUCUUGGCUAGCGCUGUCCAAGAGGGCUCUGUGCGCACGGUAAAGGAGCCCGAGGCUGCGUCGCCCAAAAGAAAGAUGGGGGAGAGUGGGAGGCGAGGGAGCGAGGGGCCCGUCCGCGCAAGUUCCUCGCUCAGUGCAUUAAGCCCUUUCUCAGCCGACAUUCUGGACGACGAUCUGCCUCACUCAUUUCGACCUGUCACUUACGAAUACUUGGGAACCACCGACCCUUGUGAGCAUCUCUGUCGCUUCAACAACACUUCGGAUUUGCACCGAUUUACUGAGGGAAUAAAGUGUCGGGUUUUCGCGACUACGUUAGCGGGAGCCGCGCAAGCUUGGUUCAGCCAGCUGCCUGCGGGCACAAUUGGCGGUUUCGACCAGCUAAGCGCAUGUUUUAUGGAUCACUUCGCGAGCUCAAAGAAGCAAAAGAGGAGCACCUUGACUCUGUUCGCGGUCAGACAAAGGGAAGGAGAGUACUUGCGAAGUUUUAUCAAGCGUUUCAUUUCGGCGACCUUAGAGGUACCAAUUACCUUAGAGGAAGUUUUGAUUAGCGCUCUCGCACAAGGGCUGCGGGCUGGCGAUUUCUUCACUUCGCUCUCGAAAAAGCCUCCCGCAUCUUUUAAUGCUUUGUUGAAAAAGGCCGAGCGAUAUAUGAACGCGGAGGAGGCAGUGCAUAAUAAAUUUGGCGAGAGCAAGGGCGGUUACGAGGCAAAAAGGGAAAAGAAAGAGGAUAGAAUACAGAAGCCGACUCAACUGGCGAGAAGGGAGGUGCAGAACGAGAGAAAAAUAGGACCUCGUUUUGACAGCUAUGCACCGCUUGUCGCACAACCGGGAGAGAUACUGUUGGCCAUAGAGAAUAACCCAAAGUUAAAGUGGCCUCGCACGUAUGCAGAAGCCCCGAAGAGAAGCCCCACGCUAGGGAGUUUCUGCCGUUUUCAUAAUGAUUAUGGCCACACCACCAACGAAUGCCAACACCUUCGUGACGAAAUCGAGAGGCUCAUACGCGCGAAGAAUCUGCCACAAUUUGUGAAAGAGGGAAAUCAGCGCCCGCAGCAGUUCCCAGCUCGGCGUGCGAGCGAGCCCCGCAAACCUGAGCCGGGAAGGGAAAAGCUGAAUGAGAGGAAGGACCAGGUGGAGCCUACCAACUUUAUCAGCAUGAUUUUGGGAGGACCUUCAGGGGGAGACUCCAACAGGGCCCGGCGGGCGCACCUGAGACAGUUGCGAGAGACUGAGGAGUUAUUUGGAGAGAUAGAGGAGGCAGAUCGGGCAAGCCGUGCGCACCUCCGGCGCCUGUGCGAGAUGGAAGCUCAGCUCGAGGAGGUGCAAAGAAUAUCUUACGUGCCGCCCAUUAUUUUCGGUCCCCAGUGUUAG